AUGAGUUAUACGCCGCUUAAUCCUUUCAAUCCACCAAUCAAAGACAUGGAUGAAGAUUGUUUAAACGUCAACGUGUAUGUUCCUGCCGCGCCAUGUGACAGCAAAAGAGCUGUGAUGUUUUGGAUCCAUGGAGGUGGAUUUUUAAGCAACUCAAACAGAAUAGCUGAUGGCAGUUAUUUGGCAACAUUAGGAGAUGUUAUUGUUGUUGCAAUCAAUUACCGCCUAGAUAUGUUGGGCUUUCUUCAUCACAGACCAAUUGGUUUAAGAGGCAACUAUGGCCUUUUUGACCAGCUGGAAGCCUUAAAGUGGGUGAAUCGAAACAUUGCAGCAUUCGGAGGUGAUCCAAAACGGGUGACAAUAUUUGGUAACUCUGCUGGGGGUUUUAGUGUGUCUUCUCUCUGCUUGUCACCAUUGGCCCGCAACCUUUUUAAAUACGCGAUCAUGCAGUCCGGGUUGACAGAAGUCUCAUUCACAAUUGAUGGCAUGUUUAAAAGUUCUUUGUAUUUUUCAGAUUCUCCACAUACCUUGCUUGACAAAGGAAACUUCACAAAUCCCGAAAGUACUAUGAUAGGCGUGGCCAGCGAUGAUGGAUCGUGUGUGACCAAUGCCAUACCGGAACUAUCGAAUCCUUAUAUCAACAUUAAAAGUGACAGCAUAACCAGAGAAUUCUUUCUUGAUGUUAUCAAUCCUCUAUUACCUGUAGUUAGCCACUUGGCUAGUUCUAAAYGUUUCCUCCCAUUUUACAAGAAGGCUGUUAUUCAAGAAUACACUCCGUGGUCCAAUCUCAACAAAACACGUCAAAACCGACGCAUGAUUCUUGACUUUUUGAAAGAUAGCGUGUUUAUCGCUCCAUCAAUUUAUCACGCAAAUGCAUUUGUCAAAAACGGUGCAAAAGUGUUUUUCUAUCAAGUGGACCAUGGUAUUGACAUGUCGGAUGGGUAUUUUACACAUCCAUCGUUCUUAAAGGGUUAUCAUGAAACAGAGAAGUUUAUGGUGUUUGGAUUUCCACUGAAAGCAUCACAUCCUCCACCAGCCGAUGUUGCAAUAUCCAAAAAAGUCAUAGAAAUGUGGUCAAACUUUGCAAAAACUGGAGAUCCUUACCCGUAUGAUACACCRAGCCGUSAAGAGUCCUGGCCUGAAUACGAUCUAAACUCGAAAMAAUAUUUGUCAAUUGAACCSMAUCUGAAAGUAAAAAGCAACCUGCGACCUCGUCAAAUGGAAUUUUGGAACGAGUUUCUCCCUUUUUUGAAUAAGACCGCCUACGACUCAUGUGUUACCAACUUUACCAGGUCUAACACCAGMGAAUCUGACAGCGGUUUUGGCGCCKAGUUCGAAAGGGGGUCCGGCGGAGAGAUGGUUGGCGAGGACGUCGAGGAGGAUUCUGGUUACAGUCGCAUGAAGUCUAUUCCUUUCCUAGGUCUAUUCUAA